AUGGUACGUACUCCCGUCUCCUCUUCCCACACAGCGCCUACUAGGUACUGCCGUUGAGGACAUGCACAACACUAACUCAACCCACAAUGCAGUCGCGAGACUCGUGCUUCACCCACCUCCACCUCCACGCCGCGCACCACGCCGAUCUGCUCGAGGACUUCACCCGCACCAAGCUGCCCUCGGAAGAGAUCCAUGUCGCACCGCAACAUCAGCCGAUGAAUCCGGAGGACGAUGAGGAUGUGGUGCCCGAUCAGCAUGCCGCCUUUGGUAUCCAGCGCGCGCAGAAUAAGAGCAGAGAGCCGGCCUGGAAGGACCUGGGCUUGGAGAGUCUCAUGACCGCGGCCCCUCCGAAACGAGAUGGACAGGCGAGUGCAGGUGCAUCGUCAAGAUCAGCCCAGAAUGCCUCGCGUGUCUUGCGAUGA